UGUUGUAUUCAAUGCUAGUGAACAGAUAUGUGGCGAUACCAACUAGCUACACUCUCUGGCAAUAAAGCCACGAAAAGAUGCGCCUUUACGGGAUUAAAACAAUAAAACAAACAGCAAGAAGUCUGGAAAAACUUUGCCCAACUGUGCCCAAACUUUUGUAGACUACAAACCAAUUCACUUCUCGUCAGUUUUUUGUUGUUGCGUGUGUUAGCCUUGUUUUAAUCUCGCCACUAUUGCCGCCGGACGCGUUUUUUCUUCUGGAGCUUCUCCAGUCUGAUGAAUUCACCGAAACAAGACGGAGACGAUGAUGUGCCCGUUAAAGACCCGGUAAAAUACGGCGAAUUGGUCAUUUUGGGGUACAAUGGCUCUCUUCCGAGCGGAGACCGCGGGCGCAGAAAGAGCCGCUUCGCUCUGUACCGGAGGGCCAAGGCCAACGGGGUCAAGCCCAGCGUGGUGCACAUCCUCAACACACCGCAGGACAGCAAGGCGGUGCACAGCAGGGGGCAGCACAGCAUCUCUUUCACGCUGUCUCGCAACCAGACGGUGGUGGUGGAGUACUGCCAUGACAACAGCACAGACAUGUUCCAGAUCGGACGCUCCACAGAGAGCCCCAUUGACUUCGUGGUGACCGACACCUCCGGCGGGGGGAAGGAGGGGGAGGACCCCUCCAUCGCGCCGAGCACCAUCUCACGUUUCGCCUGCAGGGUGGUGUGCGAACGCAGCCCGCCGUACACGGCGCGCAUCUACGCCGCCGGCUUCGACUCCUCCAAGAACAUCUUCUUAGGGGAGAAAGCAACCAAAUGGAAAAACCCCGACGGGUACAUGGACGGGCUCACCACCAACGGGGUGCUGGUGAUGCACCCGGAGGGGUUCCCAGAGGACCCCAAGCCGGGUCUGUGGAGGGAGAUCUCCGUGUGCGGGGACGUCUACGCCCUGCGAGAGACGCGCUCCGGACCCACCCGGGGGAAACUGGCGGAGGGUGAGAGCAGUGCGCUGCGAGACGGUUCCCUGGUGGACCUGUGCGGCGCCACCCUGCUGUGGCGCACGGGGGAGGGGCUCAUGCGCGCCCCCACCCUGCGCCACCUGGAAGCGCUUCGCCAGGAGCUCAAUGCGUCGCGGCCCCAGUGUCCCGUGGGCCUCAGCACGCUGGCCUUCCCCAGCCUGCCACGCAGCCACAGCCUUGAAGAGCGCCAGCCUUGGGUCUACCUCGCGUGCGGCCACGUCCACGGGCGCCACGACUGGGGCCAGCGAUCCGAGGGCGUGGCGGAGCCGCGAGACGGCGAGGGCCCGACGACCCGCCGCGAAUGCCCCCUGUGCCGGAGCGUGGGCCCCUACGUGCCCCUGUGGCUGGGCUGCGAGCCGGCCGUGUACCUGGACGCCGGCGCGCCCACCCACGCCUUUGUGCCGUGCGGCCACGUCUGCUCGGAGAGGACAGUCAGGUACUGGGCGGAGACCCCGCUCCCCCACGGGACGCACGCCUUCAGACCCGUGUGCCCCUUCUGCUCCGCCGCCCUCGGCACCCCCGGCUGGACGCGGCUCAUCUUCCAGGGCCCCAUCGACUAGCCCCGCCUCCGCGGUAACCCCCCGAGUUCAGUGUGUGUGUACGACAGACACCGUCCCGCGUUGUGGAGGGAUGGAGCUGAAGCCCCGCCCUCAUUUAUCCCUCGGUGCUUGUUGAUUGGUCAGGAGACCUGGGGGGGGGGGCGGGGGUAUUCCUACGUGAUUCCUACGCAGGAGCUCAACCGACGCCGCUCUCGACCCCCUUUUUAAAAACAAAUAAUAAAUACUCUUACUUUCGCGCCGUCAGCCAUCUUAACGCGUUCGUUCGUACGUCUCAGAAGCCGCGUCUGAACCGACGAGUCGCUUUUUGCACAAAAGAAAAAGGAACGGCCUUUUUUUUGAGCAUCGCUCGGUUCGCCCGCGGCGUCCUUAACUCGGUGAACCGCCGCCUCUCGCACUCCUCGGGCCCCGACGUCCGACGCCACCUUUUAAUUUCUCAUCAAAACGCACCAGACGACCCCCGCCUCGUCUCUCUUGUGGAGUCGCACCCCGACCGGCUGGUUUCUACUUGCAGCCGUGUCGUGCGAGCUCCUCGCGGCGAGCGCCUGGGAGGUCACCGGCGUCGCCCUCUUCGUCUUCGUGCAUCAGACCCCGUGAACGAGACUCCCUGCGUGGUUGCGGUUGGUAUGAAAACCCGCAGACUCUUCGGGCAACACGACACGACGAACGGUUCCCGCCUCUUUCGGUAACCACGCCGACAGAGGAUGAGCGCCGAAACCCGGGUCCAACUCCACCUCACAACCCUCUCCACAGCAAUAAUAAACACAGCGGUCCCGUUGCAUGGUGUUGUGUGUGUGUGUGACGUAACCAAAGCGUUAGAAUUCAAAGACGAGCAACUGAAUCGGCGAUGAACCACCCGACGUUUAUUUUCAAUACUCGAUAUAAGCGAGCGCGUUUUCCGCCGCCGCCGUUGCAUAACCUCAAAAGAUUAAUGAAAUAACUAUUUUGUUAGGGUAGAGGGAGGGAUUUAUUGCCGGGGAGGGGAGGAAUUCUUCUUUUGAUGUUCGGUGUUUCAAGAAAAAAUGUAUUUUUCUAACUGAUAAUUGUUUUUUAGUGGACUCUUGUUACUCAGUGUCAGCGAGUUGCUGUGUGUGUCCGGAGGAUUCUCGUGUGGUAGAUUCUGGGAGAGCUUGUGAGUGAGAAAACGUUGCCAACACUGUGUCCGACACACACACACACACACACACACACGCACUUAACACGCCGCUACCGUUAAAAAUAAAACAACACAUUGCCCAGACAAUGAAUGUAGCCAAAUACUCGGGCUAUAUUUAGCCUUCCCUGGUGCUCCUAUUGAAUGGUCUAUAUAUUGUGAUACUAUUUUUGUAACCGAAUAUGAUGAACGAGCUCAGAUAAUGUUCAAUAACAGCCUCAAGUGUGCAAGA